AUGACAAGUCGCUACAAACCGGAGCUCAUGAGGUUCAUGGCCUUCACGAACGGCGUGGCGUACAGCGGCGACUACGUCUUCACUAUGGGCGAGCUCCUUAACAUCACACCAGAUCACGUCUGUCGCUGGAUGAACCAGCAGGCUUACGGCGACCCAGAGCCAGAUGAAUCCAUGAAACCUAUUCACCGUCGCUCAAGCACGCUUGAGUUUGCUAAGAAAGCUAUAUCAUCUUUUAUGCCGCGAAUAAAUACAACAUGGGAUCCUGUGAACGAACGCGGUAACCCAACACGCUCGGACGCUGUGAACAAGCUGAUCAAGAAGGUGAAAAAGUUUGAGGUACGUCGCGAGGGGGCAGAAUCCAAAGCUCGCCGAGCUGUGGAGUUUGCUGAGUUCUGA